GAGGAAAAAGAGACACAGUGGGAGGAAGGAGGGGGGUCCGAGGUCUUAAUUAUACCUCAUUGGCGUGUGCGCGAUCGUGUGUAGCAAAGAAAAGGACGAGGUUAUAUUGCAUUUUAUUGUUUUUGGUGUAUUUUAAGCGGACGGGUGGUUAUUUUAGGCGGGUGCGUGGUUUGUUUUGUUUUCGACUCCUCAGUGGAAGAGGCCUCUGUGGUGAAAUUAUAAGGGAAGCAGCAGCAGCAGCAGCAGCAUCUCGGAGUGGCGUCUCAGCAGGCGUGGAAAGAAAGUGCGUUGUUGUUAGUUGACACGGGCCAUCAUCAUCAUCAUCACCACCAUCAUCAUCAUCAUCCUCAACCUCCGGCCUGCUGAGAAGCGAAGCCGGGAGCUGGAGUUUGCAACAGAGCACUCACCAUGGCGGUAAACCUGGACAAGGAAGCGUACUACCGCCGGAUCAAGAGAUUAUACAGCAACUGGAAGAAAGGUGAGGAUGAGUUCGGUAAAGUCGAUGCCAUCGUGGUGUCUGUCGGGGUGGAUGAGGAGAUUGUGUACGCCAAAUCCACAGCCAUACAGACCUGGCUGUUUGGCUACGAGCUGACAGACACCAUCAUGGUGUUCUGCGACACCAAAAUCAUCUUCCUCGCCAGCAAGAAGAAGGUGGAUUUCCUCAAACAGGUGGCGGUAACAAAAGGCAACGAGAACGCCAACGGCGUCCCGCCCAUCACCCUGCUCACCAGAGAAAAGAAUGAAAGCAACAAGGCCAACUUUGACAAGAUGAUAGAGGCGAUCAGAGGCAGCAAAGAAGGCAAGACGGUGGGGGUGUUCAGCAAGGACAAGUUCCCCGGAGAGUACAUGAAGAGCUGGAACGACACGAUCACUGCCGAGGGACUGGAGAAGGUGGACAUCAGCGCUGUGGUCGCAUACACGAUGGCGGUGAAGGAAGACGGGGAGCUCGGCCUGAUGAAGAAGGCGGCGGCCAUCACCAGCGAGGUUUACUCCAAGUUCUUCAAGGAGCGCGUCAUGGAGAUCGUCGACGCAGAUGAGAAAGUGCGUCACAGUAAGCUGGCGGAGUCGGUAGAGAAGGCCAUCGAGGAGAAGAAGUACCUGGGCGGCGCAGAUCCCUCCACGGUGGAGAUGUGUUACCCUCCCAUCAUCCAGAGCGGAGGAAACUACAGCCUCAAGUUCAGCGUUGUCAGCGAUAAGAACCACAUGCACUUCGGCGCCAUCACGUGCGCCAUGGGGAUCCGCUACAAGUCGUACUGCUCCAACCUGGUGCGAACCCUCAUGGUGGACCCCCCUCAGGAGAUGCAGGACAACUACAACUUCCUGCUGCAGGUGGAGGAGGAGCUGCUCAAAGAGCUCAAACACGGUGUAAAAAUCUGCGACGCCUACAACUCUGUCCUGGAGUACGUGAAGAAGGAGAAGCCAGACCUCGUAUCGAAGCUGACCAAAAACCUCGGCUUUGCGAUGGGAAUUGAGUUCAGGGAAGGCUCGUUGGUUUUGAACGCUAAAAACCAGUACAAACUGAAAAAAGGCAUGGUGCUCAGUAUCAGUUUGGGUUUUGCUGACCUCUUGAAUAAAGAUGGAAAGAAGGAUGAGCAGAAAAAGUAUGCCUUGUUUAUUGGCGACACAAUACAGAUCAAUGAGGAAGAGGCUGCGACGAUACUCACACCAGUCAAGAAGAAGAUAAAAAAUGUGGGAAUCUUCUUGAAGAACGACGACGAAGAGGACGAGGAGGAAGAUGGCGACGACGCCGAGGAGCUGCUGGGGAAGGGAGCUCGGAGCGCGGCGCUGCUCGCAGACAGAACCAGAAACGAGAUGACGGCGGAGGAGAAGAGGCGGGCUCACCAGAAGGAGUUGGCCAACCAUUUGAACGAAGAAGCUAAGCGACGUCUGACGGAGCAGAAAGGAGAGCAGCAGAUUCAGAAGGCCAGAAAAUCUAACGUGUCCUAUAAGAACGUCUCUCAGAUGCCCAGGGAAAAAGACAUCAGAGACAUGAAGAUCUUCAUCGACAAGAAGUACGAGACCGUCAUCAUGCCCGUGUUUGGUAUCGCCACGCCGUUCCACAUCGCCACCAUCAAGAACAUCAGUAUGUCUGUAGAAGGAGACUACACCUACCUGAGGAUCAACUUCUACGUUCCUGGCAGCUCUCUGGGACGACAGGAGGGAAAUAUCUUCCCCAACCCCGACGCCACAUUUGUCAAAGAAAUCACGUACCGAGCGUCCAACCUGAAGGCUCCCGGCGACACGUCGGUUCCCUCCACCAACCUGCAGAACGCUUUCCGCAUCAUCAAGGAGGUCCAGAAACGCUACAAGACGCGAGAGGCCGAAGAGAAGGAGAAGGAGGGCAUCGUCAAGCAAGACUCGCUGGUCAUCAACCUCAACCGCAGCAACCCCAAGCUCAAAGACCUCUACAUCAGACCCAACAUCGCACAGAAGAGGAUGCAGGGCUCGCUGGAAGCACAUACUAAUGGUUUCCGUUUCACGUCAGUCCGCGGUGACAAAGUGGACAUCCUUUACAACAACAUCAAACACGCCAUCUUCCAGCCGUGUGACGGGGAGAUGAUCAUUGUACUGCACUUCCACCUCAAGAACGCCAUCAUGUUUGGUAAGAGACGCCACACAGACGUGCAGUUCUACACAGAGGUUGGAGAGAUCACCACAGACUUGGGCAAACACCAGCACAUGCACGACCGAGACGACCUGUACGCCGAGCAGAUGGAGCGGGAGAUGAGGCACAAGCUCAAGUCGGCCUUCAAGAACUUCAUCGAGAAGGUGGAGACUCUGACCAGAGAGGAGCUGGAGUUCGAGGUUCCCUUCAGAGACCUGGGGUUCCAGGGCGCCCCCUACAGGAGUACCUGCCUGCUACAACCCACGUCCAGCUCCCUCGUCAAUGUGACUGAAUGGCCGCCGUUCGUUGUGACCCUGGACGAGGUGGAGCUGGUCCACUUUGAGCGCGUGCAGUUCCACCUGAAGAACUUCGACGUGGUCAUCGUCUACAAGGACUACAACAAGAAGGUCACCAUGAUCAACGCCGUGCCCGUCAACUCCCUCGACCCCAUCAAGGAGUGGCUCAACUCGUGUGACAUCAAGUACACAGAGGGAGUCCAGUCCCUGAACUGGACCAAGAUCAUGAAGACCAUUGUCGAUGAUCCUGAGGGCUUCUUCGAGCAGGGAGGCUGGUCUUUCUUAGACCCAGAGAGCGAGGGAAGUGGCGCGGAGGAAGAUUCAGAGUCCGAAAUGGAGGAUGAAACGUUCAACCCGUCUGCAGACGAAGAAGAGGAGGAGGAGGAAGACAGUGAUGAGGAUUACAGCUCAGAGACAGAGGACUCUGACUACAGUGCGUCGCUGGGCAGCGAGGAGGAGAGCGGUAAAGACUGGGACGAGCUGGAGGAAGAAGCCAGGAAAGCUGACAGAGAGAGUCACUACGAGGACGAGGACACCUCCAACAGCAGGAAGAGGAAGGUCCGGUCAGCAGCCCCGCCCAGCAAGAAGAAGCGACGGUCCUAAAUGUCUCUCUCUCUCACACACACACACACACACACACACACACACACACACACACACACACACACAUACACAUACUGCCAAACCUAGCUGACCCUUAACCCUCCUUUCUGCCCCAACUGGCUCUUUUUUUUUUGUUUGUUUGUUUUUCUCUCCCCCCCUACUCAUACACUUCACACACACACACACACACACACACACACACUCUCUCGCUCAGACACGUGAUGUGUAUAUAGAUGUAGAAGCCCCUUAUUUUUGUGUUGGUCAGUGAAGUGUCAUGUUGAGAUUGGAGACAGAACCAGCAGGACAGUCACACUCACACAUUCAUUAGCUCGUUUCUCCCCCCUCUUCAUUCCUUCCUCGUUCUUUGCUUUUGUUUCUCCCAUCUCCAUCCAUCCAUCAGGGUUUCAUGUUUGUGUGUGUGUGGGUGUGUGUGCGCGUGCGAACGCGUGUGUGUAUGUAUGUGUGUGUGUGUGUGUGUGCAUGUGUGUUUAAAUGGGUUUUUAUUGCAAGCAUUGUUUAUUUUCUGUUUCAAAAGCUGAGUUUCUUAACUAACGGAUAAUAAAAAAAAGACUUGACAUAUCCUCUGCCAAGUGUUUUAUAUAAAAACGGAGAAGCUUAUGGUUCCCUCUCCUCCUCUCCACCUCCGUGUCUUCACUUCACCCCUCCCCCUCCAUGUUUUCUUCAGUGUUUGUUAAAAUGUAGUAAUAAGAUGAAAGAUUUGUCUUUUUUGAAGGGGGGAGGGGGCAGACACACAUUUUCUGAUUAUUUCUUCUGUUUUUUUAAAAAUGGGUUUGUAAACUUAUGCAGACAGGCACACACACACACACACACACACACUCACACUGUCUCCUUCGCACUUGUCCCCCUCUUUAUCCCCCCCCCCCCCCUUUUUUUUUUUGUUCAUUCUGAGUAGAUAUGUUGUACUGUUAAUUCUGAAAAUCCAGUUUUUGUUUUUGUAAUAAAAUUAAAAGGAACUGUA